AUGUUGAGAGGUGGUGGUGUUGCUCAUGGCCCUCAUCCCCGAGACUUCUCGACGGGGCUGCCCAAGAAAGUCUACGAUCUGGCAUGGCGGACAGCUCUGAGUUACCGGUAUCGACGUGGGCAACUUAUUAUAGUCAAUGACAACAUCACCUUCCCACAAGAGGUCAGUCCACACUGGCUCACCGAGGUUUUCGAGAAAAACCAAUGGGGCAAGUAUUUUGGACGGUCGUUGAUAAUCACGGAGGUGAAGAAAGAAAGACUGUUUAAAGCUGUGGCACAAAUUGGGCAACACGCACGAGUAUUGGACCGGGAAGAUGUUGAUGUGAAAGACCUCCUCGAAACUGGCCGGUUAAUUGUUGAGAAAACGGCAUUGGACAGAAUGUUAUUCCGUCAUUCUAGGGACCUGAAGACCAGACCUGCGCGGGCGUGA